UUUUGUUUUGUUGGUGGUGUGGAGAGGAAAAACAAAAGAGCACCAGCCAGCAGCGGAUACCAACAAAGCCCAAAGGCCCUGCCAGCUUCUUGUCAACAACAUCCGCAACACCCACAACACACGAGGACUGUCGUUGAAUACACAAGCACACUGUGUUUGGGGGGUUGCUCACUCUCUUGUCACCCACUCAAGCGACAGGCAGAUAACCACGUUCUCUCACAACCUGUUGAGCUGCUAUCGGGUUUUGUGGCACAUCAGCCAGUGAUUGUCCCGUUACCAUCAUCCAUCAAUCACAACGCCGCCACAACAGCUGCCAGUGUUGUUGAGUGGGAAGUGACGUCCAACCUGGGACGCAAUGUCGACGACAAGCAGCAGCAGCAACAGCGCUGCCUCCUCUAAUGGCAGCGAUGGCGAUGCGCUGUGGAAGGCGGAGUACGCCAUCCACGCCAAGACACACAGCAGGCUGCCUUUGGAGAAAGACGGACGUGUCGGUGGCGCCGUCUGCCGGGCCAUCUUCACCAAGAGCAAGCUGCCCAAUGCCACCCUCGGUACCAUCUGGUCGCUGGUGGAUGUGGACCAUCGUGGCGGCUUGACCAAGGAGCAGUUCAUUGCUGCCAUGUUCCUCGUGACCGAUUGCAUGCGGGGCAACAAAGUGCCGUCGACGCUCCCGCCAAACUUGCAGGCCCUCGUGACGGGAGCUGCAGCGCCGCCCGCCACCAACGGCACCAAGCACGACCAUUCACACAGACAACAGCAACGGCAACAGCAACAACAGCAACACCAGUUACAGCAGCUACAGCAGCAGCAACAACAGCAACAACAGAAGCCUGCAUUCCCCGACGUUCCUGAAGGGCUGAAGGCAAAGUACAGGCAGAUGUUUGCCAAGCGCGACACGGACAAGGAUGGCUUCCUCUCCUCAAGCACUGUCCACAGCAUCCUCAAGAAGGCCGCGCUGUCGCAGCCCGUGAUGGCGCGCAUCUGGGAGCUGAGCGACGUGUCACGCGAUGGCAAGAUGGACGUGGGCGAAUUCAUCGUCGCCAUGCACCUGUGCACGGUUGCGCGCAUGUCAUCGCUGCCGCUGCCGGGUAAGCUGCCGCCAAACCUGAUGGCGGUGGUGGAGAUGGAGCGCCCGGGGCAGCACGCAGCAGACAUUGUCCGCCUUGCCGAGGAAAAGGCAAGGGCACAGGCGCAGCAGCACCAGCACCAGCAGCAGCAACAGCAGCAACAGCAGCAACAGCAGCAACAGCAAGUGGAGCAGGGAGUACCGCGACGGGAUGAGGCAACAGCAGCAUCACUGCCACCGCCAUCGGCUGCACCGACCAUCCCAACCCGCCCCUCCGCGUCCGAGCUCGCAAUGUGCCAGGACACCGACGACGAAGAAGAGGAAGAAGAGGAAGAGGAGGAGGAGGAGGAGGAGCGCAAUGCACGACGUGAUGGUGGUGAUGAUGAGCAUGGUCGUGGUGCCGCCGAAACGAACCAGCACGACGGCGUCUCUCAUGAAGCCGCCGUGCCUGCAAGCAACACCGAUGCUGCACAAGCUGCUGAACAGACACACGCAGCGCCAUCGGAGAAGCGGCCGUCCGAGCAAGACGACACGUUUCCUGCCACGUCGCCCUACGCAGCCCCAAGCGUGCCUGCCCGGCCCGGGAGCAGAGAUUCAAAUUUGGCGGCACAUCCGGCUCGCCUUCGCCGCCGUGCAUCGUCAAGCGUCAGCUUCUCAGAGGACGUUGAGGUUGCGUACACGUAUGCGCAGGGCGAGUACGAGCGUGGGGAGGACGUGGACGUCGAGCGAAACUUCAUCGAGUCGGAACUCGAGGCGCAGCAAGAAGAGCUGCAGAAGGAGCGGGAAGAGUUUGAGAAGAGAAUGGCUGAGAUCAGACAAGAGGAGGAGGGACGACCACGCCGCGUGAUUACGUUUUCGUUCACGGGCGAAGAGACGGCGACAGACGAAUACUCCGAAGACGACGAGCAAGCCAGAAGGGAGGAAGAGGAAGAGAGGAGGAAGCAAGCAGCAGCAGCAGCAGCAGAGGAGGAGGAGGAGGAGGCCGAAAGGACGAGGCAGGCGGAACAGGAAGAGAGGCAGAGAAAGGCAAAGGAGGAAGCCGAAGAGGAAGAACGGGAGAGGAAGGAGGAGGAGGCAAGGAAGCAAGCUGAAGAGGAGGAGGCAGCCAAGAAGCAAGCUGAGGAGGAAGAGGCUGCCAAGAAGCAAGCUGAGCAAGAGGAAGAGAGGAAGAAGAAGGAAGAGGAGGAGGAGGCUGCCAAGAAGCGAGCUGCAGAGGAAGAGGCUGCAAGGAAGCAAGCUGAAGAAGAGGCAGCCAAGAAGCAAGCUGAGCAAGAGGAAGAGAGGAAGAAGAAGGAAGAGGAAGAGGCUGCAAGGAAGCAAGCUGAGGAGGAGGAACAUGCAAGGAAGAGGAAAGAAGCUGAGGAGGAAGAAGCCAAGCAGCGUGCUGCUGCGAUGGCCUCAGAGCCAACAACUCCCGUCAAGCCUCCCACCGCCACAGCCACCACCACCUCUGCAGUCACCCCAGCCACACCCGUGACACCAGCGGCUGCAACCUCCACAGAGACACCAACGGGCAGCGCGCUAAACACGCCCAUCACGUUUACGCCGCUGUCGCCCAUGUCAGCCAUGUCUUCGCCACGUGUCUCUCUCGACUCUUCCGCCAUGCAGGCGGACCUCCAGGCGCGGCUUGCGAAGGAAGGCGAGGAUCGGCAGCGCAAGUUGGAGGAAAAGCGGCGGCAGCGGGCGGAGAGGCGCAAGCAGCGUCAGAAGGAGCGAGAGAGCGCACAGAAGAAGCACGAGCAGACGCUGCAGGCGAUGACUGGCAAGUCUCGCCGCCACAGUGCGCCUGUGACGCCCGCGAAGACAGCGACCAGCACGGCCCCAGUCAUCAUCUCCCCAACGCCGUCUGCGCGCGCCAGUGUGGGCACGCUGGGGCGCUCCCCGCUCCGGCAGCCGCUUUGGGAACAGCCGGGCGAGACGCACAAACUGGCGGAGGAGGAGAAGGAGGAGCAGGAGCAGGCUACACAGCGCGAGGAGAAGCCAGCUGUCGAGCAGAAGCAGCCGCAACAGCAAGAGCAGCAAGAACAGCAAGAGCAGCAAGAACAGCAAGAACAGCAAGAGCAGCAAGAACAGCAAGAACCACAACAGCAGAAGCAGCAAGGGCAGCGGGAGCAGGAAGAACCUGUUGCGGAGGUGAAUAAGCAGGAAGAGCCUGUUGCGGAGGUGAAUACGCAGGAACAGCCGCCACUGUCGACACUGCCAGUUCCGCGCGCACAUCGCAAGCAACAACAGCAACUGCAGCAGGAGAAGCCGCAGGAACAAGAGCAGCUGCAGCAGCAGCAGGAGAAAGACCAAGAGCAGCAGGGGCAUGAAGCACAAACGGAUGUUGAACACAAGCCGGAGGAAGAGGAUAAGAAGGCGAACCAGCCCGAAGAAGAAGCAGAAGAAGAAGCCAUGAAGCAGCAUGAAGCCGGCGCGAAGGAUGCAUCCCGCCUCGCUCAUCGCGAGCAGCAGGCAGCGACAGCACGUAGCGAUACAGGAACUGCGGACGAUUCGCUACUGGAUGAGCAGCUGCAGUCGAUUGCGGCCGAGGAGGCAGAGGUGGUGCGGUUUGAGGCAGAGGCAGCAGCGCGGCGCGAAGCCAUCAUGCGGGAACGUGAAGAGGAGCAACGCGCAUACGAGGAAGCCCAGCGGCAGCGCGAGCGGGAGGAGGAGGAGAGGCGCAUGAAGAGGGAGGAGGAACAGAAGGCAAUGCUGCAGUCGUUUGUGGCCAAGCAGCGGCAGCAGGCACCGUCGCCACGGGCACCCGUCUCUGAGGACGAGCAGCGCAAGCGGGAGGAGAUGAAGAAGAAGAUGCAGGAGGACGUACAGCGGCGACGCAGCAGUCUCACGCGCACGGCGGCACUGCAGGAGGCACGCGUCGCUGCCAAGACAAGGGCAGCUCCACAGGUGAACGACCCAGAGCACAAGGAAGAGAAGGCGGUCGAGGAGCAGGAGACGAGGCCGACAGUGCAGCGUGAGCAACAGCAGCCGCAGCAGCAGCGGCAGCAACAGCACCAGCAGGAAGAGCGACGGGAGUUCUUGCCUGCAAGCACGAGUCCAGCCAAGGCAGCAUCGCCUUUGCCAAGCAAGACAGCCGCUGCCGCCUCUUCGACCACCGCCACCUCCAUGCCGCCUGCCUCGUCGUCGUCGUCAUCAUCAUCGACACCAGCCAAGGUGGGCACCAUCCCCCAGUGGAAGCUUGAUCUGAUGGCUCGCAAGGCGGCGCGGCGAAGGAGUCAGGAGCAGCUUGUGACACCACCACCACCACCGUCACAACAGCAACAGCCGUUGCAAGCGACCCGACAUGCUGCUGCUGCCACAACACCAAGCACUGCUGCUAGUGUCGACUCUGGUGCUCCAAGCACGCAGUCACCGCCACAGCAGCAGCAACAUCAGCAAGAGCAGCAGCAACAUCAGCGUGACUGGCGGGACCAGCCUGAGGAGUGGGUUCCACCCAGCCUUCGAUUCAUGCAUGAACAGCAGAAGAGGCAGCAGGAGGAAGAAGAGCAACGCCAGCGCGAGCAUGAACAGCGCGAACGUGAACAGCAGCAGGCACGUGAAACAGCCGCCACAUCCCCUCCACAGGGCCACCACCAAGCAGCAGCAACAGCAACACAACAGCAGCCACAACAGCAGCCACAGCAGCAGCAGCCGCAGACGUCGCUGCGUGGUGUGCGGGGCCCGAGCGUGCGUCGACCAGCGGGGAUUGUUGGGGCAACCGGGCCUGUUGUCCCCUCUGCAAUGCCCAAUGUGCCCAAGGAACAGCUCGUGCAGCAGGCUGAGGAGCGCGCAGCCGCACUCGAGAGGGAGCGGCAGGCUGCAGAGUCGGCAGAGGCGCAGAUGCGGUCUGGUGGGCUCGGGCUGCGGGCACGCAUGGCCAUGUUUGGUGGAGCGUCAACUGCACCCACAUGGAACCAGGAGCCACGCACACUCGCCUCCAAAUCGCCUCGCAGGCUGUCAUCCUCAUCCGCCUCUUCCGCCACAGCACCCGCCACACACCAACACCAGCAACAGCAGCCGGCGACAACAACACGAACAGCAGCAACAGCAACAGCAACAGCAACAGCAACAGCAGGGCGGCGUCCAUCAUUCACUGCUGCUCCCCCUCCUGCUGCUGCAUCAUCAACAUCACAGUCCCGACGAACGAGCACAGAUGCGUCUGCCCCAAGCGUCGGUGGCGUCGGCGGCGGCGGCGGUGGUGUUGUUGCUCGGUGGGCAGCUGCCAUGCGGCGGCGCAGUGGUGACAUCCCCGUUGAGGAUGCCAAGCCUCCACAGCAUCAACACACCCAGCACCAGCAGCAGCGUAUGCCAUCGUCGCCGCCGUCGUCGUCGUCAGCGUUGACAUCGACAGCCCCGCACGGUGCACCGCAGCCGGCGACCGUGUCACCCACCGGCCGCUUCAGCCGGGGUGGCAGCCUCAACGCCGUCCCACCAACCACACAGCCACCACCUUCAUCAGCACCACAGCAGCAGCAGCAGGGGCAGCAGGGGCAGCAGCAGCAAAGGGAGGAGGAGGAGGCAACAGCUUCGAGUGGUAGUAGCGGGACCCGGUUCCGCGGUGUGAUGGAUCGCAUGAAGAUAUUUGGUGGUGGCAGCGACAGUGCCGUUGUCAACAAACCACGACGCAGGCUGCAGCGCACCCCUUCAUCAUCAGGCACAACAGCUUCAAUACCAACGACAACAGCAGGAACAGCAACGUCGUCCUCGCCUCGUGUUGGUGGUGGCCCAGCGCGCACGCCCGCUGCCUCCACAACAACAGCGGCACCCGCACCAUCGGACACUGCGUCGCAUGUGCCGUCAUCAUCCCCUGGGCAGACUGGUGGCGGUGUGCUCGGGCUGGCAGCGCGGUUUGGCGGCGUGUCCACCACAUCGUCAGCAGCAUCGUCGGUGCCAGGCAGUGGGCGGUCGUCACGCCAGGUGUCGCGCAAACCAAGCUUCACAGCUGCCGUGUCCUCCGCACAGUUCCGGCAGCACCAGCAGGGACCGAGGAAGGACGAUAGUGGUGAUGAUGGGGAUACGCGCCCGGCGUGGAUGAAGAAGCGAUCUGGCAGUGGUGCAAGAUUCAGCACCAUCUACAAGCGGUAG